ACGUAUCGCUCCUCUGUGUUAUACAGCUCAACAGCUAAGGCCCGAAAGCCACAGUUACUGUCUGGCAUGGGAUUAUGCACCAAUUCAACAGCUGGUGGAGGAAUCCAUUUGCAAACAAGGUUGAGGUUAGGUACAAAGCGAAUUUUUGGAGGAGGAGGGAUGGUGAGCGCCAUGUUGUUUGCUUCAUUUGCUAUUGUUG